AUGGUUCGCGGAAUGCUUCCGACGACGGUGGCUGUGAUCGUGGUUCUUACUGGGCACCUGCCUGACCCGGGAGCUUGCGAUGGUCCGUACUCGCACAUCGACCUCCCGAAAGCUCACCUGCCCAUGUAUUUCCGGCGGUUUCCGGCACUAGAAAAGCAGUGCGCCGAAGACGAACGGUGCCCGUACCGGACGUUAAUUGCCAGUGAAAGUUACCAGCGUCGGAGGAAUUCUGGGUGCUGCUGGGGGUACGAAGAUGGCUGUACGGUGAAGGAACGGUUCUCGAACCACAGCUGCCCUGGAAGCCACGUUGGUUACGUGAAAAGCAAACAGGCGCAACUGGACACGUUCUACAGCCAAGCGGACUUCGGCUUUAUUCGCGAUCAGAUUCGCGAAACGCGCAUCAUGUGCGAGCCACAGUUUCCGCACGAUUCCUCGCUCGAGUGCUCAAAGUAUCUCCGCUUUUGCCGCGGUCGCAAUCUGAUGCUUAAUUUUACCGACUUGGCGCAACGCACCGAACCGUUGCGGUACAAAAUGGACGUGUUGGGACCGGGCCAGAUCGGGGGCCACUGUGCGCUGCACACCGAGCGACUCCAGGACGAGUUGCAACACAUUAGCCCACUGCAAUCGUGGGGACCGGAGUUGCGGUUUUUCGAGCGCCUUGAGCGGCCACCUAUCGAAGCCGGUAGCUGCGAUGUGGUGAUCGACAAACCGGCGUUCAUUAUGAAGAUCGAUGCGGCGAUCAAUAUGUACCACCACUUCUGUGACUUUCUGAACCUGUACGGUUCGCUGCACGUAAAUCUGUCGCACCCGAUGACAUACACCACCGACACGCAGGUCCUAGUGUGGGAAUCGUUCCGCUACAGCUCACCAUUCGCCGAAACGUUCAAGGUGUUUACGCGCAAUCCGAUCGCCGAUCUAAAGACGUUCGCCGGGCGGGUGGUUUGCUUCCGGAACGUGAUGUUCCCGCUGCCGCCGAGAAUGAUUUUCGGACUGUACUACAAUACCCCGAUCAUACAUGGCUGUGAAAAUAGUGGCUUGUUUCACGCAUUCUCUGAACAUGUGUUGCACCGUCUGCGAGUGCGCAUCGCUAAGCGGACCGAUCAUCGCCUACGUAUUACGUUCCUAUCACGCCAAACGCGUCACCGGCGAGUGUUGAACGAAAAUGAACUUAUCGCAGAGAUUUCUGCCAACCCAGAAUACGACGUGCAGCGCGUUAGCUUUGGACACGAGCUAAGUUUCUUAGAGCAACUGAAAAUUACGCGAAACACAGAUAUCUUCAUCGGGAUUCAUGGUGCCGGAUUGACGCACCUUCUGUUUCUGCCCAAGUGGGCCACACUGUUCGAACUGUACCACUGCGAAGACCCCAACUGCUACCGAGAUCUGGCCCGAUUGCGGGGCGUAAACUAUCUCAGCUGGGAGCGUGACCACCUGGUCUAUCCGGAGGGCGAAGGUAAACAUCCGGAGCGAGACGAACGACACGCCAAAUUCACAAAUUAUGCGUUCGAUGUGCGCGAGUUCGAACGGCUGGUUGGACGUGCAGCGAACCAGGUCCGACAACACGUUGAGUUCCAACGGUUUUUGGGCAAAAGCUCCGUCGGCCAACCUCCAAAGGACGAGCUUUGA